UAGCAGCAAGCAUGGCGCCUCAGACUCGCAGUCAGAAGCCAGGAACCAGCACGAGCGAGGGCAAGAAGGUCGCAGCGCGCGGCGCCAAGCGCAAGGAGGCCGAGGUCGAGGUGGGGAAGGCCGAGAGCUCGGCGCGUGGCGCGCGGCAGAGCGACAGGAAGCCCGCCGUCAAGGCGGCUGGAGCAGCGUCUGCGUCCAAGGGCAAGCAGGCAGCGCCCAAGGGCAAGAGCAAGGCAAAGAGCAAGGGCACGCCGAUGGCCUCCUUCCCCUACGAGCUCGACUGGAAGCGCAUCGACGCACGCAAGCAUCCCUUCCUCUACCGUCCGGGCCGGGGCGAGCAGGGCGUCUUUGCUGUGCAGCCAUACAAGGCGGAGUUGUUGCCGCUUUGGGCUUUCAAAGACCCCGCCACUGCUACGCGCAGCUCGCAGGACCUCGAGGCGGCGUUUGAGCGCUAUCUCGACGCUGAAGACUUCGUUGGCGCCGACAUGUGCCGCAAGUUCAUCCAGAUGGGCUUCACACGCGCACGACGAUACGCCAACCACGCCGGCGGACGCAAGUACGUCGUGCCGGGCGGCAAGGAGCAGCUGCCACGCGGUGCCGAGGACCCCGUCAAGGCCGAGGCAGCAAGCAUCUUCAGCGAGGUGCUGGCACGAGUCAAGGCCGACGAGCGAUACACUCGACUGCUGCAAGAGUUCAGCGAGCGCUGGGCAGACCACACUGUCCCGGCGCCCGACGAGCUCGAGGGCCUGGGCCUGCUGGAGCCCAAGCCCGACGCGGACAGCGGCGGCGACGACCACGACGAUGAUGGCGCCUCAGACGAUUGAACACGAGCUCUGUCUGAUUAGCCCAAGGAAGAAUGUGUGCGUGACAUGCAUGUGUGCAACCAU